GAGAUGCGCGCGAUUUGUCACGUAACUAAAUAUAUAUAUAAAUGCUCCAAUAUUUCUUGGUGUUUCAGUUAUCGUGAGAUGAACAAGUUUUAACGUCAAAAAAGAAACGUACUUCGUCGUGUUAAAUUAAAUAUUUUGUACUAUUUAAUUUUGAAUAUAAUGUUAAUGAGAAUGCAAGGCCUGAAUUUAAAGGACAUUAGAAAGCAUCCAUCUUUAAUUCCCCUCUUCGUAGCAUUGGGUUUUGGAUGUUCUGUUGCUGUUUUUUGUACUAUAAGAGCCUCUCUUAAAAAUCCGGACAUUACAUGGAGUAAUAAAAAAAAUCCAGAACCUUGGAAUGAAUACAGUGAUAAGGAAUAUAAAAAGUUAAUUGAUGUAAAAAAUCAUCAUUUUAAUGCACGAAACUCAACUAUUUGGGAUUUGGCGAGAAGUUAAAAAAUGAAAUAAAAAAAAGAAGAAAAUUCUUGAAAGUUUUUAAGUUAUUUAAUUAAAUUAAUGAAUUUUAUUGUAUUUUUAUAUUAUUAAAAUAUUUGUAAAGAAUUAAAAGUAUUUAAUUAUUGUUGAAAUUAUAUAAUUUGAAAAAGGUGGAUGUUGUAGAUUCAUAAGCUCUCAGUACGGGGAUUUCCCUUAUAUUAUAAUAUUUCUAUUAUUUAUUAAAUUCUUUAUUAAAUUUAUUAAAUUUAAAUGUUUAUUAAAUUCUUAUGACACAUCGAUUCUGAGAAGCAGAUGAGUUCAAACACGUGGUUGAAUGACCAUAAAAAUAAAUGUUUAUGUAAUUAUCACCUUCAUACUAUCAAUUUCCUAACAAAAGGAAUAAUGGCUAUUGUCCAAAUUUAAAUGGACAUUGUAUUUAUAAUUUUGAUUAUUCAACAAUAAUGAUAAUAAUAAUUUAUCUAUUUUCAAACUAAA